AUGGCCAUAAUUGCUGACGAUGCGCCACACGUGGCGGGAAGUGUGAUAAUGCUUACUCUGGUGGCUUUUAUCACCUAUGCCCUGCGAGUCUAUUGUAGAUUGAGCAGGAGGUCUUGGGGCGCAGAAGAUUGGAUCAUGACCUCCGCAGUGAUACCCUUCUGUGUGCUUACCGCAGGCUGCCUUGGAGGCGCGUUCAACGGGAUCGGUAUCCAUAAUACACUGUUGAAUGAGCCUGAGAAUGUAAAGUAUCAGGCCGAAGGCCAGAAGUACUUCCUGAUUUUCGAAGUUGGAUAUGUAGCCGCCAUUAUUCCGAUUAAGCUCAGCAUCAGCUGGAUGUUAAUCCGCGUGGCCGAGGGGCGGAAGCUGUACAUAAAUAUCCAGUACGGCGUUAUCGCAAUGUUUGCAACGAUGAAUAUUAUUGCCCUGAUAUUCAUCCUCAUCAACUGCACCCCACCUGAGGCUGCGUGGAACACGAGUCUACUGGAAAAGGGGGGUUCCUGCCGACCUGCCCAUGUGCUCACGGACAUAUACUACGCUACCACUGCUGUCAAUAUAGUCACUGACUGGGUUACGGCCUUAAUGCCGAUCCCCCUGCUGUGGCAUGUCCAGCUAGACCGCAACACGAAAGUCUCUAUCAUCGGGCUGAUGGGCUUGGGUAUCCUGGCCUCUCUUUCAGCCUGUAUUCGGCUCAAGUACACUGUCAACCUCACCAAUCAAACCGACUUUCUCUUCGCGGUCGCCAAUGUGGUUAUCUGGGGGUUUGCAGAGAACGCCAUCGGCAUGAUCGUCGGGAAUAUCGCUACACUCCGUCCCCUGUUCCACAGUUUUUUCGAACGAACGGUCCGCAGCAAAGGAUACAGCAGCCAAUCCCGCCGCACGGGUCCUUCGAGAUUCGCCGCCUCGUAUGAACUAUCUGGGCACGGAAAGAGUGCCAACAACACGUUCACCACAUCCGUGGUGGAGAGGGGGGUUCAUGGAAAGAACCGGGAUAGCUACACCCAGCUGAGCGACGGGGACAGCCAGAAGCAAAUUAUCCAAAAGGACGCAAAUACUGAUAUAAUGGUCAGUCGGCAGGUAAACAUCACGUACGAGUAG